AUGGGAAUUACGCCGGUACACUUCUUUUCACAUGGCUCGACACGCAUGCUCGAGGCUGACACCGAGUCUGGGGCAUAUUGGACAAAAUGCGGACAAGAAGCCCUUGCUCACAACGUCAAAGGGAUUGUCAUCAUGGGCGCACACUGGGCCUGUCUCGGGGACAAGAUCGAGGUUGCAACCAACCCAGCUCCCGGCAAGAGCUUCUGCCCAUUCUCCAGUCCAGCACUGUAUAAAGAUUGGAAACCUAACCCAGACAUUCCCACCGCCGAACGAUGCAUAUCCAUGCUCAAAGCUGAAGGAUUCAACGCUGGCCCAAAUCCGGAUUUCACCUGGAUUCACGACACAUUCAUGGUGCUCAUCCGCAUGUUCCCCGACUACAAUAAAUGCCCGCCCGUGAGCAUCGUGUCGAUGAACGCGCGCUACGACCCAUACUACCAUGUCAAGGUGGGCGCGACGCUCCGCCCACUUCGGAAAGAGGGAUACUUACUAAUCGGAACGGGCGGCGCGGUGCACAACCUGUAUCGUAACGCAUGGACGAACAUGCUGCUGUACCGCGAGUCCUUGGGCCAGGAGAGACCGCCCGAGGCGUGGGCCCUCAACUUUCGCCAGGCGACUGAAGAUGUCGUGACGAAGAAUCGAGGUCCAGCAUUGAGAAAAGCCAUGAUUCGCCUGAUGCAGCAUCCUGCCUACCGCGAGGCCCAGGCCACGGACGACCAUUGGAUGCCGGCGCUCUUUGCGGCAGGUGCGGUGGGAGACUGGGAAGAUGAGGCUGAUCCGAACGUGCUGGCUGCUGAGACGUGGGAGCUUGUCAACAUGGCAAACUCGCAGUUCACGUUCGGCAGAUACAAAGAUGACACAGGCAACAAGUUUGUAGGAAGAGAGGAGAGGGAGAGCGAGAAACUGCCCCGUCCGAGAAUGGUUACUGCUGCUGCUUGA